GAUAUGGAGUAGAGGUUGCAAUAUGUACAUGAUCGUCGAUCCCCAUUCACGAAUGAGAUUGAAGUUUUCGUUACGGUCUUGUGAACUACGUUGAAUAAUCGCUGAGACCUUAGCAUGUUGCAUUUCAGUCGGGGUCGAAGUAAAUUCAGUCUCAAGCAGUCAAGUCAAAUAGACCCCCUAGCCUGACACUCCCAAUCAUCUGACCCGUUUCGUGCACAACUGUGUCGACUAGUAAGUUACUUGAAUGGAUAGGCUUAUUUGAUACCUCCCGGCGAGCAGAGCGAGGAAGUACGACAUGAUGUAUCGGACGGAACAGCACCUGCAAACCUAGCAAGAAAGCAACGAGCGACGAUCCCUUUACUACGGUCACAAAACAUAGGCAUUCGCAAGGCACGUCAAAACGAGUGGAUGGCUGCCCAUCCUCAUCCAGCGGUACCCCCAAACUUCCGUCGCAAGCGGUGCUCACGGGUAGACACAGGCGCCAAGAACGGCGCCUUCGGGAGUCUGGCAGACCAUACCGCUGCAGCACUGAGCAAAGCCGGGGCUCGUGCACGGGGCGCCUUCAAGGCCCAUGCACGGAGCCGGAGGGACGGUCUCUUGCGGAGAGGGUGCAGCGAGGCCUACGGCCGAGUUGAUGCCGAAGGCGAGGACGGCGAGGACGGCAGCGACGAGAGCAGAACGCAUGAUAUCUGGUCGAAGAUGAUUGAAGACUGGAAAGCUCUGAUAGACUCUUGGGUGUGUGAGCUGAAGAGACGGCGGGUGCUGCUAUCUGUGCAGAGCCCUCGUAGCAUUUAUACCUCGAUACCUCACCACAAAUGGCGAUUGGGUUCGAGCGACCAUUGCAUGCAAGCCGCAUAUAGCCUGUACAUGCUCCCGACGGUUGGUUCCCGGUACGGCCGCAAUGAGAGGUUGGAAAUGUAUAAUCCUGAUGUCCCUGUAGCGACAGCCUUGGACGCAGUUCUCUCGGUACGGCAAUCUGCUCUAGAGCAUCUGAGGGCGAUCCACUGGCCGCAAAUGAGUGAAAUACGCUCCAGCCUGCUCUCAGGGAACACAUCUGCCCGCCACUUUGAGCCAUCUGCCUGUUUGGAUCCUCGGGCUGGGGCCGCAUUUGUCUCGAGGUCUAGAAAUUGUCAACAGCAUCCCGGAACAGGACAGUAGUGCGGGCUGACGGCGGUCUAGAGUGUCGUCUACGAACCGUGUUUACGUCUUCAAUCUCCUGCGUGUUCAGACGGUCAGCGACAGCCCACUGUACAGGGUUGCACGGAGGCGAACAGCGUCAGGACCCAGGCCCAGGGAAGGAGAUCCGAGAUCGAGGGCAAGAGACUUCGCGCGUGCAAGCUGAUUGGUUGUCUAGCGAGUAUUGAUUCUGGCAGGCAUCGCUUUCCCCCAUGCGUCCGACCACAGCAUGGAAGUUUCCGGCCAAGGCGUUCUUUGGGUGGUGGCUUGCUUUUUUGACACGAGGUUGGCCCGAGGGAUAUACAAU